AUGCACACGCCGUGUCGUACGCCUGCUGCAGGCGCCGAGUCCUUUUUGGGUACGAAGACCAACAAUCGAUCCUUGUCAAUCCGUAGCAACCGAAAACGCUUCGUGCGACGACGGUCGAUGUUUACUGUAUGUGUACAGCAGGUCAACACAGUUUCAGCCCAAAACAUUCGUACCUCUGCCGCCCGCAAUCUCAUUGCCCUCAUCCGCACUAUCCAGACAAUGGUCGGUGUCAAGAAGCUCUCGGCCCUAGCCGCCGUCUCUGCGAUGGCAGUAUCUGGCGUCGCCGCCUCUCUGCAACCAGCGGAUGCCUCACAUGCACACCAUCGGCUCUCGCACCGCGAUCUUGCAGACAGACAGCUGCACGGCCAACAACCUCCCUCCAUGGUCAAAGUGCAGAAGCGUCUUGUGCACGCGAUCGGCGACGGCCUGGGUGGCAUCAUUGGCGGUCUCGGAAAAGAUCUUGGUGGCCAAAAUCAAGGUGGAGCCCCUCCAUCGUCGGGCGCCUCCAGCGCUGCCCCUCCUGCAUCUACGUCGAGAGCCCCAGCAAGCCAAGCAAGGCCAUCGUCCAACAAUGCUCCUGCAUCGUCAAGACCUGCCGCCUCUAACAGCCCAGCACCUGCACCUGCCAGCAGCCGACCAGCGAACAACGCCCAAGCUAGUAACAAUAGCCGUCCCAGCUCGGCCGCGUCGACGACCAACAACAACAACAACAACAACAGCAACAGCAGUAACACCAACCAGAACUCGAACGCCAAUCAGAACGCCAACAACAGGGGAUCUGCGCAACAGCAGCAGGCGGCCGCCAGUGCCACACCUGCUGCUUCGGCGAACAGCAAUGCUGCCAAUUCGGCCGCGGCCGCCGCAUCGGCGUCGGCGUCAGCUGCUGCCGCGAGUGCUGUAUCUGCCGCUGCUGCAUCUCAGAGCGCCGACGGUGCCGCUGCUAGUGCUGCGGCCGCGACGAUGAAUGGGUCCGCCGCAAACGCGGCUGCCUCUGCCACUGCUACCAAUGCCAGCUCCGCCAAGAGCAGCAACUCUUCGAGUGGCAGCGAUGGCACUACCAAGGUCGUUGUGCCAAUCGUCGUGAUCGCUGCUUCGGUAGCCGUUAUUGCCAUUGCGUGGACGUUGAUCCGACGCAUUCGAAACCGCAAUGCGGAGCGAUACGAUCCGCGCAUGCAGCCCGUCGAAAGCAGCUACCACCACCGCAGCAUGGUCGGUCCCCCUCUUGCGGCUGGCGGUGCUGCUCUUGCCGUCGGUGGAGCUGCUACUGGCUACGCAGGUCGUCGCGAGAGCUACGAUUCGUUCGAAGCCGGACGACCGAUGAGCACGCUGACGGAAGAAGAGGGUGACUUUUCGGGCGUCCAACCGCCCAUGCAGGAGGUCGCACCGUAUGCCGCCGUUGGCUCUGCUCACGGUGGUUCCGCAACUCGUCUCCGAAACUACGGAUCUGCUCGCGGUGGUAAGGGCGACGGAGACUUCCCACCUGCCCACCGCAUCACCGACAGCAUGUACGUCGACGACUAUGUCGGACCCAUCCCUGCCGGUGGAGCUGUCACACCGUUCAGCGACGAACACGGUGCCUACGACGUCAACUACUACGACGGCUCUUCCACCAUGGCAUACAACAACCCUGCGACCAAGGGUAUGGAUGCAGCGGGCACCAACGGUGCCGGUCGACCUUACUCGCCCUACGCGGAUCUGCAGCGUGGCGAAACCGAUGGAGAGCACUUUGAUUAUGAUCGCGCUUCGUCGUCUCGUCGCGACCCAUUUGCUGAUUCCAAGCGUUGGUCCGGCUAA